AUGUAAAAAGAGGAGGGGGCUGCUCCAAGAAGGAUGCUGUACGCGUUAGGGUAACGCUCUCAUCAACGUCAGCCUUGUGCCCAUAUUAGGUUUAGGUUGUAUUCCAGACUGGGUAGGCUGAUGACAUUUUCCAUACACCGGAUUUAACACCUUUUUGAUUUCUUUAUUUUUACACUGUGACAACUUCAAGAUACAAACCCAGUAAGUUCAGCUGGAAAAACGCCAACAUUUCCUACCGAAGGUCUGUAUUUGGAGGAAAGUCUUCUGGCUGCAGCUGAUAGAGUCCUGUGGUGCUGAAUACCAGACAGUGGAACUCCAUGCUCUUGAUCCACUUGUGAUAUCUCCCAUUCCCAGCAGCAGCCAGCCUCAUCUACAGAGCCAAAAUGGAUGACGACUAUGGUCGAGACGGACGGCAGGAUUUCAUUCGUGGUGCCAAAGAUAUCGCCAAGGUAGUGAAGAAGCAGGCAGGCAAGAAGGUGGGCCGCGGCGUGGACAAAGUGGCCGAUGAAUACACCAAACGCUCGUAUAAGCGCUUUGAAGAAGAGGACGAUGAUGAUGAUUACCCUGUGCAACGGAGCCAAGAUGGCGACGGAUACUACCGCAACGACAGCAGAGCCAACGACGAUGACGGUGGACACAGUGACUCCACAGAAGGUCACGACGAAGAGGAUGAGAUCUACGAGGGCGAGUACCAGGGUAUCCCCGGAGCAGAGUCUGGUAAAAUGGGUCCCGUGGACGGGAUGGCCCAACAGGCACAGUUCCGGGACCUGGCCCAGUUUGAGGCAGAGAGAAGGAAGGACCAGGAGGAGCUGGCACAGCAGUACGAAACCAUCCUACAGGAGUGUGGCCACGGAAAGUUCCAGUGGACGCUGUACUUCGUGCUGGGGCUGGCUCUGAUGGCGGACGGCGUGGAGAUCUUUGUGGUGGGCUUUGUGCUGCCUAGCGCAGAGAAGGAUAUGUGUCUGUCCGAAGAAAGCAAGGGCAUGUUGGGUCUCAUUGUCUACCUGGGGAUGAUGGUGGGUGCCUUCGUGUGGGGUGGCCUGGCCGACCGGAUCGGACGACGACAGACCCUUCUCGUCUCUCUCUCCAUCAACAGUGUCUUUGCGUUCUUCUCCUCCUUCGUUCAAGGAUACAGCUCCUUUCUUUUCUGCCGUCUGCUCUCCGGUGUGGGUAUCGGUGGCUCCAUCCCCAUAGUGUUCUCCUACUACUCAGAGUUCCUAGCCCAGGAGAAGAGGGGAGAGCACCUCAGCUGGCUCUGUAUGUUCUGGAUGAUCGGUGGGAUCUACGCGUCUGCCAUGGCCUGGGCCAUCAUCCCUCACUAUGGCUGGAGUUUCCAGAUGGGAUCCGCGUACCAGUUCCACAGCUGGCGUGUGUUUGUGCUGGUGUGUGCCUUCCCAUCCGUGGCAGCCAUCUCGGCCCUCACCACCAUGCCUGAAAGCCCCCGUUUCUUCCUGGAGAAUGGGAAACACGACGAAGCCUGGAUGAUACUGAAGCAAGUCCAUGAUACCAAUAUGAGGGCCAAGGGCUACCCAGAGAGAGUCUUCUCUGUGACUACCAUCAAGACUGUGAAGCAAAUGGAUGAGCUGGUGGACAUGGGAGAAGGCACUGCCUGGCAUCAGAGAUGGAGGAUGAAGCUGACUGACCUGUUUGGCCAGGUAUGGAGCAACUUCCUUGCUAUUUUCUCACCUGAGUACCGCCGCACAACCUUAAUGAUGAUGGCUGUGUGGUUCUCAAUGUCUUUCAGUUACUAUGGGCUGACAGUGUGGUUCCCUGACAUGAUCAAGUACCUCCAGAAACAGGAGUACUCCUCCCGCACAAAGGUCUUCAUCAAGGAGAAGGUGGAGCACGUCACCUUCAACUUCACCCUGGAGAACCAGGUGCACCGCAAUGGAGAGUACUUCAACAACAAGUUCAUGAAUCUAAAGAUGAAGUCUAUGGUGUUUGAGGAUUCACUAUUUGAUGAGUGCUACUUUGAGGACAUAACUUCCAGCAACACUUUCUUUAAGAAUUGUACAUUUAUUGCCACCCUCUUUUACAACACAGAUCUUUUCAAGUACAGGCUGAUCAACAGCAAGCUGAUCAACAGUACUUUUCUGCACAACAAGGAGGGCUGCAUGCUCAGUGACUUCAGCGAUGAGAACAAUGCCUACAUGAUCUACUUUGUCAGCUUUCUGGGCACUCUGGCCGUGUUGCCCGGCAACAUUGUGUCGGCGCUGCUCAUGGACAAGAUUGGACGGCUGAGGAUGCUGGCGGGCUCCAGCGUGAUCUCUUGUGUCAGCUGUUUCUUUCUGUCAUUCGGGAACAGUGAGUCGGCCAUGAUCGCUCUGCUGUGUUUGUUCGGGGGCAUCAGCAUUGCCUCCUGGAAUGCCCUGGAUGUGCUGACCGUGGAACUCUACCCCUCUGACAAGAGAUGCACAGCGUUUGGCUUCCUAAACGCCCUCUGUAAGCUGGCAGCCGUGUUGGGAAUCAGCAUCUUCACUUCCUUCGUGGGCAUCACCAAGGCAGUGCCCAUCCUCUUCGCCUCGGGGGCACUGGCAGCGGGCAGCUUCCUGGCGUUCAAGCUGCCGGAGACGCGGGGCCAUGUGCUGCAGUAGUGUGACCACCCCCCAGGGGAUGACGUGGGGGUGGGGGUGCGGAACCACAAGAAACCCCUGAACCCCGCCCCGUAAGCACUAUUAUAGUAACAGCCUAUUCACUGGAAUCAGUUCACUGCAGAUAUUUCUCAGAUCCACUACGCUGUAAAUAUUGUGGAUUGCCUAAUAUUGGAAGUACUGUUUAAAUAGACACAUCUCUAUACUAUUAAGAUCUGUGGAACUGUCCAGCCACUCCUUGCCAUUCAUCCCCAUGAAUAGGCUGUGAGAUGUAGAGCAAGAGAAAUGCAGUCAAACUCUACCCCUAGACCAAUACAAGCUGUUCCAACAUUAAUGGUUGUAGCGUAUGAGUUUUUCAGCACAGUAUUCAGAGGAGGGUUAAGGGGCAAGUUUCAAUGCAUGUUCAGUAAAUGAAGACAGAUCUCUUAGCUUAUGGGGUUGGGACAGGGGUCUACUUGAUAAGCCAUUCCAAUAGACCCGGAAUAGAAAUUAACUUUAGCCAUCCACUUCAGGAGUAGUCCAUGAUCCCAUCCAUUUCUCGGGUUAAGCUCAGCUCAUUUAUCAAAAAUGAUAAAGUUAUGCCUUGAUUUCAAAAUCGGUUUCCUUAAUGGGUAAACCAAGACACUUUGUUAAACCAAAGCCUCUUCUCAUUCUUAAAACUCUCAUGACCUUGAGUUGAUUUUAUGUAUAGAAUAACUGCCAAUUUAUAGGUAUUAGAAAGUUCUGUGUUUGUUUUCAUUAUUGUUUAAAUGAGGCUAUUGACAAAGGUGGUCUGUUGAAUUUGUUCCCUUUAAAACAUUACUUCAAGACUUUGUAUAUCUCAGUCAUGAAAGGUCACUAAAAUCAAUGGAUUAAUUUCCAAUGUGGACAUUUGUGCAUUGGUGACUUGUCAUGUUUGGAACAACUCUUUUGUUUUAACAUUCCGUAUUUAAAGCACAAAUAUGACCAUUGCCACAACUUGUUACAAUAGUAAUUACUCUUGAUACAUUUUUAACAAACCGUUACAGUCCCACAAUCGUCAUUCUGGCUUCAUAUAUCCCGUAGAACAAAAAGCCUUCUUUCUACUCUACAUCAUAGGCAUGAUGUUUUGCUCCUAUGAAAUCUGUUUUUGGAAUCUGUUUAUGCAUGUAACAAUGUAUGUGAAUUCUUAGAUUUAUUUUGUUGUUGUUGAAAGAUACAAUUCAAAGUGGCACUUCCUUGUGUCAUGUCACUAUAUCCAUAAGUCAGAUGUUAGAUGUUAUAUUAGUGUCAGUUCUAACAGCCCUUUACAAUACUAGAGAAAUCAUACUGCCUCUGCUACUAUUAUGAUCUUUCAAUGUUGAUCUUGUUGAUUUAUUUAACAUUCUCACAACCCUUAAGCACACCAAUCCAUUUUAAAAUGCACAACCAAAACAUUUCCGUAUGUAUCAGUUUUUGUGUCAGAUGCUACAUUUUGGAUGAAUGAUAGUGUAAUGUAAAAGAAAUACACCCCAUAUUACAGUCUGUACUAUUUAAUGUUCCUUCUAAUUAGAUGGAAAACAUUGAAACUUGAAAGGAAGAUUAAGUACCAGGCAGUUUAGAGAAAAUCCACUGUUCAAAAAGCUAUGUUGACUGGAGAUAUACUGCAGAAGGAGUGAAAUCUUAAAAAUAAUUUCACUGAAUAAUACACAGAUUUAGAAAGGGUGCACUGAAUUUGAAACUUUUUGAAACGUUGCAACAAUGUAAAAUCUUUUGAGUAGAUGACAUAUGAUGUAUGAAUUUUUAAUUUCAAUUUGAAAGAUAUAAAGGCAUAUUAACUUGUGGGUGCAAUAUGUGUUUCAAAAGAGACUACAUUAGUAAGCACAUAGCGUAUGCACUGAAAUAAUCCUAACAUGUACACCAUAACCCAUUAUAUAUUCUGAGUUAGGUGUUUGGAUGGGUUUGAGAAUAUGGUUGUUUGUUGGUGCAAUAUUGAACUUCUCUCUUCUUUUUCUACUGAUCACCUUUUCAUUCAUCAGGUAUUGUAUUUUGUUAAGGCUUCUUGAAAACAUGUUUAUUUGUGGUUUUAUUUUAUUCCAAGAGAUAUUAUUAACGGAUUUAGCAUUACAUGUAUACACUGCUUAAUUGAUCGAUUAUCAACCUUAGAUGGGAAAGAGAAACAUCAUUGGAAAUUGUGGGAUGCCCCUUAGAACGGUUUGACUAAAUAUAGAAAUAGAAGGGAGUAUUAGACCUUUCCUUUGAUGUCCCUCUCUUCAAGGAUGGAACAACAUGAUAGACGGGCACACACACUGAUUUUAUUUUGCAUGGGUUUUUCACACCAUAGGUCUUGCACAUGAUACGACUUGGACUAAACACACUGCUGAGGGCUGUGGCCUUAUGGGAUAUCGUAUCCGUAGAUUUCCUAUACAUUGGUUUGGUACCAAAUAAAAUGUCACAUUCCCCUUAACAGAAAAAAGGGUAAAGCACUGAUUCACAAAGGGAUACUAUCAUAACCUGCCAUUUUGUAGGAUAGCAGCCAUAUAAAAACUUCAAAUAAUUCUAGAUGAAGACCAAUCCGCUGCACUAAAUGUACCGUAGCUGUACAUGCACAGUUUUCAAUGCCUUGUGUUCUUAAAAAGGCUCACGAUGAGUCAAAGGUGGUAUGAGAUAUCAGCAGCUACUACACAAAGGGUAACAAAAGCAGUUGAUGUACGUACAGCAACUGCUCAUAAGCGACCAGUUUAAGAUGGUAGCCAGUACCCACAAUGCUAAUGGAUACGAAAUGGGUGACACGUUAUAACCAGUACUGAUUCAAUACUGAUUUACAAUUGUCCAAUGCAGUUGCCAAUUCAUUGACUUCACAACCUCUCACCGUCCUCUGUUACACCACCUUGUGUGUAUAACGUAGGACCCUUCAAGAACUUCAGGCCAUUACCACAUUCUUCCCUAUUAACAUGCAGUGGUCAACACCCUAAACCUUUACUGAUGGUUUAGUGACUGCCCAUCGAUAAUUGUACCAUGAGUACAUUUUCUCAUUGAUUAUCGCCAAAUAUUUUUCUAUGUCUUAAGUUUACACAUUCAAUUAUGAAAUAUAGAUAUACAUAUAUAUAGAUGUAUAUUAUAACAUAAAUAUGUACAUUUAAUGAAAUCAAAUAUUACCAAGAUCAUGUAUUCAUAUUAUAGCUAUGAAUGAUUUUUGAACUUUUAAAUAUUUCUGUAGUAGCAGUACUGGGACAUGGACUGCCAGUCUGAAAGUAAAUGUUCCCAGUUUAUUUAAGAAGCACAUGCUUAAAUAUUCUAAUUUGUUGUUGAAGAACCAGCCUCAGCAUUGCAGCAUGUUUCAGGUCUGUAUUUCCAUCCUAUCUGUUGCCCUAAUUAAACCACUCAUGAAAUGCUAUACAAGGAUGUCAUUAAUGUUGUACAGUAUGAAAUGGAACGCUGUGAAAUUCUUAACUAUCUAUUUACUCUCAGUGAAUCAGUUCAGGAUCUAGUCAGUCAAGAUUGUUUCUAGUACCUGUAGUUGCAAAUCUUUAAUUCUGUUACAGGGUUUUUUUGUAUUCUAAACUUGUUGCUUGGUCAACGGUCAAUCAUGAGUGCAAAAAGUAAUUAUAGCAAUAAGUGUUAGUAUUUGCCUUUUUUCUCUCUCCCCAAAACUAUUGGGAAUUGAAACACAUUAUAUGUUGGGCCUUUUCCACUGAAAUGCUGGGGGUUGGGUUCAACUAAAUGGGACAGAAUUGCUUAUGUUCAUGUCUAAGAAUGCAUUGCAAUUAAUUAAAUAUUACAGAUAAUUUAUCACAUUGUCUUUGUAGUGUGCUGUAGAAUCUGUAGUGUUUUUUUUCAUUAUAGAUACUGUAUACAUGUGGAACCAUAAACAUGCAGACAAAAAAAGUACACAAAAAUAAGUAUAAAUGAAAGAAUACUAUUAAUUGUAUGUUGUCUUUGAUUUUGUGUAUUUUGUAAAUGAGAAUGGAAAAUAGGUAAAUAUAACAAAAUAAAUACUACUGGUUAUUUCAAUGUCA